AUGGCUACCGUAUUUAUUCGAAACAACGCUUCCAAGGCCGAGAGGGAUCGUGACAGCAAGUCAGGCCCGGAUGCCUCAAGCACGUCUGUGAACACAGUCCCACCUCUCGGAGAAGCCAUCCAGGCGAAGCGGUUCUGGUUCCAGAGGACCAGAUCCGUUUUCGAUGACCCGGAAACGGCGAAGCAAUAUCAGCCGCCCCCUGAAUGGGAGAACACCCAUCGCUUCGAUCCACUCGAGCGAUGGACCUGGCGUGAGGAGUACCAGCUGGUGCGCAAGGUCGAUUGGCGAAUCAUGGUGUGGACCUGCAUCAUGUUUAUGGCUCUCGAGCUCGAUAGGGCGAAUAUUUCCCAGGCGUUGACAGAUGACUUCCUCCCGGACCUCGGACUGACCACCAACGACUACAAUCUCGGCAAUACUAUUUUUCGCCUCUCCUUCCUCUGCGCUGAGCUCCCGUCCCAGCUGGUAUCCAAGUGGGUGGGACCGGACCGCUGGAUACCGUCCCAGAUGACUCUCUGGAGCAUUGUUGCGAGUUGCCAGUUCUUCCUAUCCGGCCGCACGUCGUUCCUUGUCUGCCGCUGCUUUUUGGGGAUAUUGCAGGGGGGGUUUAUUCCAGACGUGAUCCUUUACCUCUCAUACUUCUACAAGCACCAUGAGCUCACUAUACGACUGGCUUUCUUUUGGACCGCCAUGAGCAUCGCCGAUAUUUGCUCGUCCCUUCUUGCGUAUGGUAUUCUGCAUAUGCGGGGUGUCCAGGGUCACUCUGGCUGGAGGUGGCUGUUUUUAAUAGAGGGCCUGAUGACGCUUGUUAUUGGACUUUUCGCCUUUUUGUUGAUGCCAGCUGGGCCAUGCCAGACUGCGAGCUGGUUUCGUGGCAAGAAGGGGUGGUUCAACGAGCGCGAGCAGAAGAUCAUCGUGAACCGGGUCUUGCGGGACGACCCGAACAAGAGCGACAUGCACAACCGCCAGCCCAUCACGCCUAGGCUGCUGUGGCAAAGCCUCAAGGACUACGAUCUUUGGCCGUUGUAUAUGCUGGGGCUCACGUUUCAGGUGCCAAUGAUUCCACCGAAUCAGUAUCUGACCCUGACCCUCCGGGGAUUGGGAUUCGACACCUUUCAGACCAACUUGCUGACGAUGCCCCUCACCGUCGGCCAUAUAAUCACUAUGCUCUUAGUAGCCUACCUCGCCGAGGUAACGGGCCAGUUGACACUGGUGGCUGGUAUCGGCCAGAUAUGGGUCCUGCCGUUUCUGAUCUACCUGAAUGCCGUCGACUUGGCGAAUGUGAAUAGAUGGGUAAUUUACGCGGUAACCACAUUGCUGCUAAGCUAUCCCAAUGCACACCCAAUCCAAGUCGGAUGGAACUCCCGCAACUCGAACACUGUCCGGUCUCGUACCGUGUCCGCGGCAUGCUACAACAUGUUUGUUCAAGCGAGCUCUGUCACUGCUGCCAACAUCUACCGAGCCGAUGACGCACCUUACUACCGGCGCGGGAACCGGCAGCUCCUUGGGAUACUUUGCAUGAACAUUGUGCUGUACGGUCUAGUGAAGACGUACUACGUACUCAGGAACAAACAGAAGGACAGGAAAUGGGAUGCAAUGACGCCGGAGGAGAGGUUGGACUAUCUGGCUACCACUACUGACCAGGGCAACAAGAGGCUGGACUUCAGAUUCCAGCACUAG